UCCAUGACAGGAUAUUCAAAGCAACAGAUGCAAAACACAACGCAAACUAGUUAUGGAAGAACUGCCAUGAUGAACGAGACCAGAGGCUAUGUGGGAAUGACCACCAGUCCUGAUGAUAGCAACAUCCCUGGGAAUAGCAGCAUGGGCAUCCUGGUCAUCCCUGAACCCAUGAACACAGCUCUUAAUAUUUUGACUGUGACCAUCCUCUUCAUCACCAUGAUUUCUCUUGGAUGCACGAUGGAGAUCUCUAAAAUAAGGACCCAUCUUCUUAAACCAAAAGGAGUAGUUAUUGCACUGCUGGCCCAGUUUUGUAUCAUGCCCCUCACUGCUUUCACUUUGACAAAAAUCUUCCAGAUGGAUUCUAUUAAGGCUGUAACUGUGCUGAUCUGUGGUUGCUGUCCAGGUGGAAGCUUAUCAAACAUUUUCUCCUUUACAGUGAAAGGUGACAUGAACCUCAGUAUCGUCAUGACAACUUGUUCCAGCAUUGCUGCCUUGGUUCUCAUGCCUCUGUUGUUGUACAUCUUCAGCAAAGGCUUCACUGGUCUAAGACAUGCUGUUCCCUAUGCAGGAAUCAUCACUGCACUCGUGUUUACAUUGGUGCCUUGUGCUAUUGGCAUAUGCAUCAACCACUACAGGCCAAAUUAUUCCUCAAGUGUAACAAAAGUUGGUCUCAGCAUCCUGUUGAUAUCCACCAUCAUAAUUUCUGUACUGUCUGGUCUCGCUGUGAAGGAUGUAAUAUGGAUUAUCCUCAUGCCAGACAUCCUCACUGUUGCUGCACUGAUGCCUCUGAUUGGUUUUAUUCUGGGAUAUGCGGUGUCGGUCAUUUGCAGACUCAGCCCACAAUGCAGCAGAACCAUCUCCAUGGAGACAGGGUGCCAAAACAUGCAGCUGUGCACCGCCAUCCUUAAGGUGGCUUUUACUCCACAGGCCAUUGGACCCUUGUUUUUGUUCCCUUUAGUGUACAUUGCAUUCCAGUGUGCAGAGGCUCUAAUCCUGGUGCUGUGCUUCAGAUGUUACCAAACAGUCACAGCACAGCAUGGGGAUCAAAACUACAAUUAGAACGUUGCUGCUGAACAAGAACAGAUCAAACAGCCGUGAACUUCAAAGAGAACAGUGUACCCUGGAGGGAGGAUUAAAAAAAGAUAUUUCAUAGUGCAAGCCUGUGAUGUAACAACAGUGGCAAAACAUUGGAGGAUGAAAAUAUUUGUUUCAAAAGUUUGAGAUUUAUGAAUGUUAUAAACUAAAUAGCUGAUAAAAAAAACAAAAAACAAAUACAUAUCAAUUUCUGGCUUUAUUGCAAAGGUUAAACAAAGUUCUUACACAAAUCCCUUUGAUUUC